UCUUCUCACCGAUAUAGGUAUAUAAAUAUGAUAAAAUAGUACAAAGCUCAACAUCUAUCUAUUUUCUUAACAAACAACAAUGGGAAAUAAAUGCCCUGCUUUGAUGAUAUACCUCUCUUGUUCUCUUCUUCUUGUCCUUCAAACAGUCCAUGGUGAUAACCCUGUCAGGUGUUUCGGAAGCUUCUUCAACGGCAAUGGAAGCUACGUUCAGAAUCGCCAGAAACUCUUCUCUGAUCUUGCUAAUCAAGUCGUCGCCAACGGUGGAUUCUACAACGCUUCACUCGGCCAAAAUCCCAACAGAGUUUACGCUCUUGCCAUCUGCGCAAGAGGCUACGACCAAGAAGCUUGUCUCAGUUGUGUCCAAACGUUGGCUCAGCUUACACUAAAAUAUUGUCCAAGCCGCAUGGAUUCGUUCAUAUGGGGAGGCGCUGAGAACGAAGUUUCUUGUUUUUUACGUUCCUCAAACCACUCAACCUUUGGGAAGCUACUGCUUGGACCUUCUCUUAUGUACCCAAAUCCUGAUACUAUCGAGGGAUCUAAAAACAUGACCCUUUUCGAACAAGAGUGGGACGAAAUGGUUAAUCGGACUCUCAAGGCUGCCACUAAUGCUAAAAAUUCCUCGGUACUUAGGUACUACAGUGCUGAAAAAGCCGGAUUCACGGAGUUUCCAGAUGUUUACAUGAUGAUGCAAUGCAUACCCGACAUAACUCCCCAAGAAUGCAAACAAUGUUUGGAACAUUGCUUGAUGUAUUACAGAAAAGAUUAUCAAGGAAGAAGAGGAGGCAUGUCUAGUCUUCCUAGCUGUUUUUUCAGGUGGGAUCAACACUCUUUCCACAAUGCUUUUGAUAACGUUACAGGAAUUCCUGCGCCUCCUCGACCUCCGGCUCAGGAAAAGGAGAGCUCCAAAACAGAUACAAAAGAAAGAAGCAGUGGAAAUCGCGGUAGUAUAGCAAUAUUUGCGGCUCUUACGUUCACUAACAUUUUAGUGUUUAUUGGCUUUAUGAAAGUCUUUGCAAGGAGGGGAAAAUAUAAAAAUGUUGGUAGCGCAGAGUACUCUGAUUCUAAUGGUCAAUUCAUGUUACGGUUUGAUCUCCAUAUGAUCUUAAUGGCAACUGAUGACUUCUCUUCUGAUAAUACGAUUGGCCAAGGUGGAUUUGGUAUUGUCUAUAAGGGGACCUUCCCAAACGGGCAAGAGGUAGCGGUGAAGAGAUUAGCAAAAGGUUCAGGACAAGGAGAUAUGGAGUUUAAGAAUGAGGUUUCACUCUUGACAAGACUCCAACAUAAGAAUCUAGUUAAGCUUCUUGGGUUCUGUAAUGAGGAAGAUGAAGUGAUUCUUGUCUACGAGUUUGUCCCCAAUGCAAGUCUUGACAACUUCAUCUUCGAUGAUGAAAAGCGUUCACUUCUUACAUGGGAAGUGAGAUUCAGAAUUAUCGAAGGCAUUGCUCGAGGUCUUGUUUAUCUUCAUGAAGAUUCUCAGCUGAAGAUUAUUCACCGAGACUUGAAGCCAAGCAACAUCCUUUUAGACGCUGAGAUGAACCCUAAAGUUGCAGAUUUUGGGACAGCAAGGUUGUUCGACACUGACGAGACUCGAGCUGAAACUAAAAGAAUAGCUGGAACCCGUGGAUAUAUGGCUCCUGAGUACCUGAAUCACGGGCAAAUCUCAGCUAAAUCUGACGUUUAUAGCUUCGGUGUCAUGCUUCUAGAGAUGAUAAUUGGUGAAAGAAACAAUAACUUUAAAGGAGAAGGACUUGGAUCUUUUGCAUGGAAGAGAUGGGUUGAAGGAAAGCCUGAGAGUAUAAUUGAUCCUUUCUUGAUAGCGGAUCCGAGAAACGAGAUCAUCAAGUUGAUCCAGAUUGGUUUGUUGUGUGUACAAGAGAAUGCAGCAAAGAGACCAACAAUGAGCUCUGUGAUCAUUUGGCUUGACAGUGAUACUAUUAUUAUUCCUUUACCUAAUGCACCUGCUUUCACUGGAAGUCCAUCCCAAUCUGAAAGUAGUACAAUGUCAAUGAGCAGCGAUGGCUUCACGGAGUUGAGUUGUCGUUGAGCUGUAAUUCAGUUCAUCAGAAUCUGGUUUCCGAAAGAAAACUAAUGUAAUACAUUGUAUUUUGUGGUCUUGGUCAUGAACUCAUCAUGAUCAUGAUCAAAGAACUUUCAUUUUA